GGCAAAUGUGCUUGUCUAAAGCAUCAUUGCAAGAAGCAUUACAACAGCCAGGGACUGUUUGCUCCCUUUCUACAAAGACCACCACGCCAAACUUAUGGCCAAGGGGGGGUCAUCUUCUGGCAGUGUCCAGUUCAUGUCAGAUCUGCACCUGGAAGCCACCGGCAACUACGUAACGUUUGACUUCCCUGUCACAGCACCCUAUUUGCUACUGUCUGGAGAUGUUGGGAGCCUGGCCGACUACAAGGAAUACCUGAGCUUCAUCCGGCGUCAGACAGAACGUUACGCUGCCGUUUUGCUCGUCCUAGGGAACCACGAGUUCCACGGUCUCGACCACAACACCACACUUGCCAGGGCCAAGGAGCUCGAGGCCGAACCGUCACUCGGGGGCAGACUUCACGUUCUACACCGGCGCCGGUUCGAUAUCCCUGGUACAAACACGACCAUUAUCGGGUGCACGCUGUGGACCAUGGUCCCGGAGGAAGCGAAGGAGGCAGUUGUGGGGAGAGUCAAAGAUUUUCAGCAUAUCGAGGGCUGGGGCGUCGAAACACACAACAGAGCUCACGUCGCAGAUGUGAAGUGGUUGAAAGGCCAGCUGAGAGAGAUGCCCAAGGAGAGAAGGGUGAUUGUUGCGACGCACCACGCGCCAUCUUUAGAGGGGACAUCGGAGCCUCAGCACAGAGGCAGCCCGUGGUCUUCGGCUUUCGCGACGGGGAUCAUGGAGGACGGGGAAGACUGGAGUCGCGUAGGAUGCUGGGUGUUUGGACAUACGCAUUACUCGACGGACGUUGUAGUGGAGGGAGUUAGGAUUGUGAGCAACCAGAGGGGAUAUGUUGGGCCUGGGAGAGUUAUCAAAGAGGGGUUUGAACCUGGUAGGCUCAUCGAGUUGUGAUGCUCUUAUCUGAGAACGGUUGGAUAGGUAGGUACUUAGGGACACAUCCACAGAGUCAGAGCCAAAGCCAGCACCAGAACCAGUACCAGCGAUCCAACCCUUCUCAAGUGAUGCUGUGUGUUGUGGUAU